ACUGCCACAACCAGACCCAAAGACCAAGAUGAAUUCUGGAAAUAUUCAUGUGAAAUCACACUGGAUCCAAACACAGCAAACACACGUCUGUUAUUAUCUGAGGGGAACAGAAAAGUAACAUUAAUGGAUCAACAUCAGUCUUAUUCUCAUCAUCCAGACAGAUUCACUGGUUGUUGUCAUUAUCAGGUCCUGAGUAGAGAGAGUCUGACUGGACGUUGUUACUGGGAGGUGGAGUGGAGAGGAGGAGUAGUUAAUGUAGCAGUCGCAUACAAGAAUAUCAGCAGAGCAGGGAGGUCAGAUGAAUGUGCAUUUGGAUUCAAUGACAAAUCUUGGUCAUUAUUUUGUGAAACAAACAGAUACACAUUUCACCACAACAAAGUCCAAACUCCUGUCUCAGGUCCUGGUUCCUCCAGAGUAGGAGUGUACCUGGAUCACAGAGCAGGUCUUCUGUCUUUCUACAGCGUCUCUGAAACCAUGACUCUCCUCCACAGAGUCCAGACCACAUUCACUCAAGCCUCUCUAUGCUGGACUCUGGUUAUUUUAUGA